AAUAUUGUUAAUUUUUGGCCCUUAUGCUCAUUCAACAUUUUUGGUUUAUGUUGGCCAGCCAUUUUAUAGCUGGCUGUUUUUAGUACGUAGAAUAUGGAAGAUAUUGAAGAAUAAUGCGACAUGUGACUACAUAAGAAGGCAACAGAAGUGCUUUCAAUAUGACCCGUAGAAACGAGGCCCGCGCCAGAAGAGGGCGCUCAAACAGUUCUUCACCAAACAGACGAGGAGGGACUAAAUCCCGCCGACGCAAUCCAGGAAAUAAUAAUAAUAACAGUAACGAAGACAGCAAAGACAGUACAAAAGAGGAAAAACCCGACACCCCUUCGUCAAAGAUUGAUUCAGACACAUCAGAAGAAAGUACUGGAAGUAAGAGAAUAAGUCAGAGAAACGCAGGUAAAGAAUCUGAGUCAAAGAAGCCCAUUUCCACGCCAAAACAAACCACAACAUCAACAACGGUAAAGACCCGUCCGGCGAGAAAGACUAGCACAGAAUCGAAAGUUAAAGAUGAACAACAAGUUGAAGAUAAAGUCAUCAGCACAAGUACGCCAAAUCAAUCAGUCAUAGUCCCGGUAUCACAUAGUCAAUCACCAAUUGUAUCACCAGUUCUAUCGCCGUCAACAUCUAAUGUUUUGCAACACACAGAGACAACAACAAAAAUAGAACCACCGUUUCCAUCUAUUGAAAUGAGAAAUUUAAACGAUAAUAAACCGCCAGUCAUGAUCGAUCUGUCUAAAAGAGUCAUUGCCAAGCCACCCAAAAAACGUAAGGCUGAUUUAGAUUCUGAAACCUUUUCAUCUCCCCCUCCCUUAAAAAAGCGCCCCUCGAUUGAUUUAGAAGAAUGGAAAAAUCAGCGUAUUUUAGCGAGAAAGAAUGGAACGUAUGUUCCGGGGAUGAUCAAAGCCGUGAAAAACACAGGAAGUUUAGGUAUUUUGUUGGAUGACGAUAAAACUUUGACAAGUUAUAGCAAUAUAUUUGAUUCGCCGAUACCAGACAUUAUUAGUGAUCAUAGUCCAAUGGGGGGUAUGAUUAGUACGGGGGCAAAAGUGUGUGUAAGAAUUAACGCAGAAACUAAUGUAUUUUAUCCUGGCUUCAUUAUGGAGAAAAAAGUUAAUCCUAUCUCGUAUAAAGUUAAACUAGAAAGCAAACCAGUGGAAGCUCCAGCGGAAGUGACAGUAUCCCGAGCGAAUUUACGAUUGCUUCAGCCUCCCUGGUACGAAGACAUGGAGGAGAGUAUGAUGGAACUAGAAACUCAGAAGGCCGGCUUGCAAGAUUUGAGAAGUCCUGUGAGCGUGAGAACUGAUCAACACAGCACACCAGUUACACCGCUGUUAGAUCAAGGGGAGACAACCGACGACGAGAUGAAUGAUUUGGAGGAGGUUAACUUUGAUUCUUCUGGGAUGAGCACACCAAGAUCUGGUAGUGCUACUCCUGGUUCUGGAACACGAUCACAGAACGGCAGAGAUAGAAAUCGUCAGAUACCUAAGAAACGAGACUCGGCUCGCAGUAGAAGUGCUCAAUCGACAGAGAGUAGUCGCUGCAGUACACCAAGGUCUCCGAACUCAGCUUUAAAAUACAAGAAAGGUGACGUGGUUAGUGCAGCGAACGGAAUUCGCAAAAAGUUCAAUGGCAAGCAGUGGCGUAGACUGUGCUCAAAGGAGGGAUGUACAAAGGAAUCUCAAAGAAGAGGAUUUUGUUCUCGGCAUUUAUCACUUAAAGGCAAAGGUUUGCGCCAACCAAACUUCCCUGGAUGUAGAAAGGGAGAGUUAAAGGAGGGAGGUCAUAUUGAGUGGACAGACAAUUCGCGAGAAGGGGAGUAUCAGCAUCGGUACGAUAGUAUAGAUGAAACAGAAGCUGCUAAUAUGUUAGUGUCAUUGGGUAACUCAAGAUCAACAACUCCUGCUUUUUCACCUACUCCGCAAAAUCCUCUUUCUCCGCGCAUACAGUCACCAGCUGGACCAGGCAUGUACAGGAGCUCCAACUCAUUCACUCCCAUAUCCCCUCACCCGAGCUCACAGAUGAUGCAUGGAUAUGUCAACUCUCCUGCACGCAGCUGGAGCUCAACUUCUAAAUCUGGUAGCUCAUCAUCUGAACAUGUCUCACCAAUAACUCCUAGGUUUCCAGCUUUCCAACCAAAAGGAAUUACUGCUAAACCUCAUGCUUUAUCCUUAUCCAAGCAAGAAUUGGGGAGGAGUGAAGACUCUGGGAUAGACGUUCGAACUCCUAAAACACCUUUAUCAAAAGCUGUCUCUUUACCAAGUGUUUCUGCAGUCCUGCAGGCGCCAAUUAAAAUACCAACGGGGGUUGGACAUUCAGCCCACGUUUAUCAUGGUGCAGUGGAAAUGACUGGGAAGCCGCACCCUGAUCUGAAUAAACCUGCUCCUUUUGUGUCGUCGAAUCGGACAGCUGCCCCACAACAAAAUUCAAGUACUAGUAGCAUUUCAGCACCAAUCAUGAAACAAGCAUUAGGACAUCCAGUCUCUAACAACCCAACUCAACAUGUGACAAAUUAUCCAAAGUAUCAAAACGUUGCAGUUCAGCAAGCCACACGAACCGUUGAACCAGUUGUCAAUCGUCACAAUCUGAGAUCACCCAGCUCUGAGGCGGAACAAAUUCAGAAACCUAAUUCCAUGGCACCACCAGAACAUCAGGCACCGAUAUCUCGGCUACAUCAGACAGCAGCUGUACAUCCAGCGCCAACCACUUUGUUACCGAUGAUGCAGAUGAACGAGCAACCCAAGGAAGCAAGUGGGGCUGAAACAGGAAAUCAUGUAUCAGAGGAACGGAAAAUAACAAAUUCUAGUAAUGAGGUACAAGUUUUUCCAUGGCAUUGUUUGGUGCCGUUUCUUACGAAUACAGGACCGCAGCAUGCAGCCCCACCUACGCCCGAACCUACCUAUCAAAAACAAUCUGUACCACCACCAUUACCAGUUCCUCAUCCUAAUAUAAAUCAUUCACAGAGUGUCAGCGAGGCUCUUUUAAAAGAUGAUGAUGAUAUGGAAGAGGAGGAUGAUGAUGAUGUUUUUGAGCCAGUACCUAUGGAUGCUCCAAAGAAAGCCACUGUACUGCGAUCACCUGCCAAGAGAAGAACUCAAUCCUUAAGUGCUCUGAAAGAUAAAGAGGAACCAAGAAGUCCCAGAAAGACUAGAGAUAAGGAUCACAUAAGAAGACCAAUGAACGCCUUCAUGAUAUUCAGUAAACGUCAUCGAGCCUCUGUACACCAAAGACAUCCCAAUCAAGAUAAUCGUACAGUGAGUAAGAUCCUAGGAGAAUGGUGGUACGCACUAGGUCCGAAAGAAAAACAGAAAUAUCAUGAACUGGCUCUCCAGGUUAAAGAAGCUCAUUUUAAAGCUCAUCCGGAAUGGAAAUGGUGUUCUAAAGAUCGUAAAAGAUCAAGUACUAUCGCUGCAACACUUAAACAACGGGGAGGUCACCGUCUCAGUUCCUCGGAUGAUACAGGUGACCUUAGUAUCAGUGAAGAUCCUUUUGAUGUUGAUCUGCCACCACCCGUGUCGUUACCUCCAGCAGAGUUACCUCCACUUCCUGAUCAACACUCGUUAAAACAACGCUCACAGAGUUUUACAGCUCUCACCCAUAAAGAGGACUACACUCAAAGAUAUAUACCACGAGAAGGGGCUUUCCCAGAGGUCCCUGAACAAUCCAGCUCAUUAAUUCUCCCAAGAUCUUCAGCACCAGUGGCGUCAUCUUUAUCAACAACAGUGAUGUCAAGUCCAUUGCUACAGCAACAACACCAUCAACUUCCUUCACAACCAGAUCAGUCCCGCACCAGUUACCAUAGUUACACUAACAAUCCUGUACAGGCCUUACAACAAUCGUCACGACAGCUUAUAGCAUCACGUGGUGAUGAUGAUGACAGCGAUGAUGAAAAAAUGGUGAUUUGUGAAGAUGGUGAAGGUGGAUUAGAUCAAGGUGGAAUCGAUCUGAACUGUAAGGAACGGGUGUCAGAUAGCGAAACGGAUAGUCAGACGGAGGAAGACAGUUUGAUUGAAAACAAGGCAUUCCCUCAACAACGCUUUUCUCCUGUCAUGAAACCUUUGACUGCUGCUGAUAUUGCUUGUCGGCCUAAGCCGAUAAAAAGAGCGUGUAUCCCCGAGCAGAAGUUAGAAAUAGAGGGUCCGACGCACGACCCUGUAUCAGGACAGUUGACACCAAGACCUUCAAGCACUGGAUCAAGUUUUCAGGUUUUUAAAGCUCGUCCACGUGGCGGGAGAAUAAUGUCGAGUACUUACGAUGGAGGAGAGAUCAAUACGCAGUAUGUACAGAAAGAACGGUCAGACAGCCAUUCACAUUCCGGGAGUUCACGACUUCCACACACACAGCAACGAAUAGAGAAACUAGGUCAGAUGAAGAUCCAUAAUAUAACCAUGACAGCCCCUGAUAAGCAGCAGAUCUUUCCUUCGUCCAAUACGCAAACCAUGCUAGGUAAACAAAAUGGCAAAGGAGCCAUGUUGAGCAAGAUGACACAAAAGGCUCCCAAGUCGGCAAAAGUUUCAGCGCAGAGCCAGGCAGCAUUUCAGCAGUUCACUUUUCAACAGGCAGUUAAACAACCUGGAGUUCAAUUAACGAAAAACGUCACAUCGGGAUCAGUGCAAUUAGUAGCGACUGUAGUAUCGUCUGCUGGUCAGACCGGGCAAGUUCUGCCCACAUUCACUACCACAAGCAAACCAAUCACAACCCCCGUACCUAUAGCCUCCAAACCACUCGUUCCGUUAACACAGGCAACCACUACCGCUAGUACCGGAUCUCGUCCCGGAUCAGUGGGAGCCAUAGGAGUUGCAUCUCAACCUCUUCUAACGGGCAGUCCUGCAGCGGGAGGAGUAAAGAAUGUUGGAACAUUAGUUUUACAAAGUGUUCCCAGUAAUCAGUAUGUUGGUAGUAACUCGAAUUCUAAUAUACAGACCACGCCUACCUCCGCAGCUUUUAUCACCAUACGUAACAUGGCCACACCCCAAACAGCACAGAAUCAAAUGGGUCAACCCACCUUGCUGACAGUACUAAAACCAAAUCAGGCAAAUCACAACUUGCACGGGUCAGGAACCCAAACCUUUAACUUGAGUCAACAGCCGACCCACGUUCAGUAUAUCUUGCCUUCUGUUCAAGUGGCACCCCCUGGUGCCAAAGUAGAGAAUGUCUUACAAAUGGCGUUGCCCGGUACGACCAACAUCUUGGCAGUUCACAGCUCCAAUCAACAAGGACAACCGAGUCCUCAACCAAUGCAGAUGGGAAAGUUUCAUAUCACACAGCCACAGUCCGCUCAGCUUCGAAUGAACAGCAUUAAUAAUCAGGCGAAGAUUUUACAAACAUCACAGGGCAGCUUGUCUCAAAAAUUACAGCCCUCACAACAGAUGGUGACUCAACUGUUGACAGUUAGUCCAUCACCAGCGGUAGUGGCUACAUCCCAGGCCCAGGUGCAGCUCUCCCAAGCCAGGUUCACACAACCAGUAUCUUUAGCUGUAGCACCGUCACAGUUUGUACAACAACAGUCCAAUCAACCUGUUAUCACACAACAGAAUCAGCUCCAUUCACAGAGGCUCAUUUUACCAUCUAAUCAAAAGAUAGCCUAUGUACAAGGAUCAACUAGUACUAUACCUAUUGUUACAAGCCAGAAUAAAUUAGAUGGUCUACAGAGUUACUAUGUACCAGGUCCACAAGUGCUAAUUCACCCUCAAGUACGAUCACCAUCUAACGCGGCUAGUCCUGCACCGACGACUGGUAUAUUACAGACGAGUGGUGGAACAACUAUUGGUGUGAUGCAAGGUCAAGCCCAGAUCAUUCAAGCCUCACAGCCUAAAUUAUCUGUAUCGAACAACAGUCCUCCACAAUCUCACAGCCCUAUGUAUUCUCAAGGAAUGAAUGUUAGCGUAAAAGCCAACUAUUUUACUGUGCAAUCUGAGGGAAAAGGGGAUAUCGGAUAUCACAUCAGUACUAGCGCCGACAGUACCAACUUCCAGACCAAACCAAACAGGGUAAAGGCCACUACAGCUAGUAUUCCAGUGGCAACAGAAAGUUUACAGAGAGCACCGCCCACUUCAGUUUCUAAGCCAGUUUCCAUUAAUUCUAUAAAGUCUGUACCUUCACCGAACCAUACGCCAGAAAACACAAAACAGUCUACGUUACCUACCACUACAAGUCAGAUACAGCAACGAUUGUCAAGACCGCCACAAACUAUGACAUCGGCCAGUCAGCAGCAAGCAUUGUCAGGGAGCAUGAGUCAAGGAAGUUUUGACAGCCAGUCCAACGAUGGAAGCAAACCUCAGCGUUCGUGUAAAGGGAAGCGUUAUCGCGAAGAAUUUAAGUCGACCAUUCGUGACAGAAAACAGAGUAAACCGGUGACAUUUUCAGACAUUCCAGAAGAAAUUUCCCCGGAACCAUAUAAAGGGGAACAGGAAGUGAACGUUAGUAGUGAGAGUGAUAAUAUGCGAGGAUUACCUUCCUCCAUGCCAUCUGUAUCUCAACAGCAGACGCACUCGAAUCAGUCUGUUGAACCUUCACCUUCAUCAGAACAAACAGAUCAACAAUCACAGUUAAAACAGAAACACAAACCCCCACCAAUAACUGUUCCAUCUCAUCUAAAUGAUUUGGCUGCCAUGCCGUCACCGAGUAUUAACAGUCCGAGAAAAAGUUUCUUUAAAAAGAAUGUGGAUGAUGGAAUGGAUAAAAAAUGUAGCUCCCCGUUUAAUUCUAGGGUAUUGGAGAAUGUGGAUUUUGAGAGACAGUUUGAAUCAUUACCCAAAUUCAUACCUGAAACUUCACAAUCCCUUACUCCACUACCACAGUCUCCUAGAGCUCUCAUCAAUAACUAUAAAAAGAAGAAAAGACCAAUAUCUGGUUUAGUGAAAGGAGAUUCAGCUGAUGUGGAGAGCAAUAAAUUCUCAAGUGGAUCCGAGCCUGCCACGCCCAAAACGCCGAAAAGUGGACGGUUUGAUGAUACUGAAUUCUUUGGUCCUAAUUUUAAUCUUGAGGAUCUCAAACAGCAAGAUUUUCGAGCUAAAGAUUUUUGUGAGGGUGAUUUGAACUCUCCUCGUACACCAAAAACACCUUGCUCUCCGGGAACUUUCUCCAACAGAAGAAUACUGGAGCAAAGAAGACUGUUGGUCAUGCAACUAUUCGAAGAGUAUGGACUAUUUCCAACAGGCCAGAAUACAGCCACGUUUCAAUCCCAGCAUUCUGAUAUAUUCCCCAACAAAACUUGCCUGCAGUUGAAAAUUCGAGAAGUCAGACAGAAAAUGAUGGCCCAGUCCGCUGCAGCAAUGAAAGACUUCGAGGGCUAUCCGCCGAGCACAGCCUCAUCUCCAGCAUCUACACCCACCAGUGCUUUUAGUCAGGUCGAUUCAUCCGGAGGACAAAUGGGCAAUUACACGACCAGUCGAUCCAACUUUCCUACUCCCCACAGCCAGUUGGCUGUGAGCUCCAGUAAUAAUAGUAAUAAUAAUGUGUCUGGCUCGGGGAAUCCUUCUCAUGCUAAUCAAGGACAAAAUAAUGUUGAACAGCAGUAGAAUUUAUUUAUUACUAUAUGAUCGUGUUCAGUAUAUAUCUCUGUUACUUGUGAGAUAAGUGUUUUGUACGUGAGUGUAUUCUGUGAGACUGUGUUCAUUGGCUAUUUAUAACUUUGAUGAAGUUCAUACCACUAAUUGUUUAUUAAGGUCGUUUCGUUGUUUAUCGCAUGGUUUUUGGAUUUGAUUUGAAGCAGAAUUUGAUUGCCAAUCCAAAUAUAAUUCCUAAAUUUGUUCAUGAAAUUCAUCAAGUGGCUGUUUAUUUAUCAAGAUCCAAAAGGACAAAACAUGAAUUGGAUUGGCCUUAGUGCUGGCAUGAUAUAUCAAUUAAUUGAUGUAUCACGAUUCACCUUCUCACUAGUGUUGGCCUAAAAGAAAAAUAAUCCUGGGUCUAAAGAUGUAGAUAGAAAUAUUUGAGUUAAACCAUUUAAAGUGUUUAUUUAUUGUUACUGUAUCUCGCUAGUCUUGUUAGUAAUAAGAUUUCAUGCAACUCUAUAGAAGAUUCCAGUAGUUCCACGGUUUAUUAAAAGAGGGAUGCUCACUAGACUGUGGGUUAAGGGUAUCGGAAGUGGAGGGUUCCUAUAGAAUCCUCUACAGAAAGCAUGGGCCGUGGGUCUUAACAUUUCCUUGCACCCAACGAGAAUCAAACCCAUGGUUGCCCCUGUUUGCUUCGCAGUUGCCCAUCAAACACUCUACAACUGAGCUUUCACAAGCUAGGGUUAGGUUUAUUGUGGUUGUGCAACCAUCUCUAUGCUGUUUUGACCAUGAUAAAAAUGUCUAAAACCGUUAAUUGGUUCAUGUAUUUAGUAUACUGUAUAGCUGUGGCCCAUUGAACUCUCAGACUAGUGAACACCCUUUAAAACUAUAAAAAAUUUAGAGUACAUUCCUGGUAUUAGUGUAAUAUUUAGUUUAAUCCUGUAUUUAUAUAUUUAUGUGCCUUUAUAUAUUUUUUUUGAAAGAAGGGUUUGUACCUUGCUUCAGCUCAAGUUGUACUUCAUUGAGAUUUUAAAGAUUAAAUUUAGACAAAGAUUGAAGAAAGAAAAAUUACUUAAAUGUCAAAUAUUCUAAUUCUAAAAUAUAUAUUGUUGAACUGAUACUGCUGACUUGUGAUCCAAUGCCUUUCAUUAAUGAAAAUGUUUGUGUUUGAAUGAUACAAGUGAUUAUUACUUGUAUACAGAAAGAGGUUAGAAAUUAUACAGUAGUCGUUAAUUAGCAGGUGUGUUACUAGCUGUAAAAGAUGUCACUUCUAGCGUAAAAGCGUGACUAAUUAUAAUACCCAUCACUAUUGAAUACACAAAACUAACAAAUAGUAGUGUAUAUCAUUCAAUAGUCACAGUUUUUUAACACCUUAGUGACGUAACACCUAGGUAAUGUCUACUGUCUAAUUACUAACAAUUCUACUGCACUAAUGAACAUUAUGUGUAUAAAAUGACGACUUACAUCCGUUUGUGACAGAUAUUUUCAUUGGUAAAAGUCAUUCUUAAUCAAUCUUUUCUAAAUAUUCAAAAGCACAAGUGUUGUUAAAUUGUUUAAGCGGCAUUUAGUAACAGAAUGAGAAUAACACAUGACACAAUUAUAUUUACAAGUCACUAUACUAUAGUUGACAUUGUUUGCAUGAAUAAGACGAGAGAACCUUUGUCAAAAUGUUGCCAGAAAUAAACUUUUAACUAACUUGUUCUCCAUAUAAUUGUGUCAUGUUUUAAAUGUUUGUUAGUUGCAUAUUUGUAAUGAUGUAAAAGCUGUAAGAUUGGUUGUUGUCAAGUAUAUUAUUGUUCUGUAUAUAAAUGGUUUUAAUAUCUGGGGACUGCUAGUGAAGGAAAAUUUAAAUUGCUAUAUUUGACAGAUAUCCUCACUUUCAUUGGCUAAUGGCUAACAUCUGUUUUAGGAUUCUAAACUUUUAGCCAAUGAAAAUGGCCCUUCCAUUUUUGUUAUUUAGUUAUCUGUACUGUUAUCUGUACUGUUUUUAAGUAGUGUUGAUUUAUAUUCUUGUGGGCUGCCAUAUCAAAUUGUCUUUAAAUUCAGUAGCUUCUAUGGCAACCAAUUUCAAUUCAAGUUUGUUGAGCAACACACAUCUGUUGGUAUUGAUGAUAGUCUUGACAUAAAAGUCUAUCAUCAUAUCCUUCUGUUGUGCAACAGAAACCUGUUGUUGUUAGAUGAUACAGUCUUGACAUAAUAGUCUAUCAUGAACUUGAUUAUUCGGACUGUCUCAGAUUUUUUUUCCUGAAUACUCAGUGCUAGAUUUGUGUUGUUCUAUGUUUUAAAUUUGGCUUUCCAUGUUUAUUUGAAAAUAACAUCUUACCCAACGUAAUAAUCGCCUGGCUUUAAUAACACGCCCACUUGGUUUGGUUUUCCUAGGAUUGUAAUAUGCAGUGUUCUACUCGCAAGUUGUUAAAGUUAGGUUUUAAAAAGGUCUGGCAAACGAGAGGGGUAAUGACAACACCUUUAAAAGAGUAGCAGAGACUAGACAGGCUUAUAGAUCUUUAUAGCUGCUGGAUCAAAUGAUCUCUACUGCUGUCAACACACUCUUGAAACUGUAGCCGUUGUUAUAGAAAAACCUAGACCAUUAUCAAUAUCAGACUCUAUAAACAAAAGUCAGAAAUUCCUUAAACAACAUUCAGAUUCCUCAAACGAUGUUCAGAAACUUUAACUGACUUGUCAAUCAGCAUGUCAACUUGGUUUGUUCCAGUCCCUAAAGUGCAACAUUUUACUCUGUGUGACAACCCACAUGGUUCUAAGUGGUGCUCUUGUUCACUCUUCACUUCUCCUGUGGGACAGAUUAUUCUAACUCUUAUUUCUUGGCCGUUUGCCAAUAAAACGUGACAAGAAUAUUCUUUGGAACAUUCCCAAGGCAUUAACGGAGGCAGAAUUUGGAUGUAGACCAAUCAUGUCUGGAAUCGGCUUUCCAUGUCUGGAAUCCGCUUUUCAUGUCUGGAGUCAGCAUGAACAAUUUUUUCUCCAAGGAUCCUGGCGAUUAUUUCUAUUUGAAUAGGGUAUAAAUAAUAAUGUGAUAAUGUCUGUCUUGUCUUAAAUUAAGACAUCUAACUAAACACAAUCCUUCCAUAAUUUAUCAAAAACAAAUCAAGUGCUAAUAAAUACCAGAAAGAUGUAAAAUAUUUGUGAAAUAAGAAAAUUAGACUGUGAUACAUUAUGUCACGUUUUAUUUUUGUCUGUCACGUAUGUAUGUAAAUAUUCAGGUGGCCAUAUCUAAUCAAAACAUAAACGAUUUAUUGUAUAGUCGUGGAAGUUCAUGUUCCAAUAUCUGUAUCAGGGCUCUCAUUUAGGCCAUAUUGACCAGUCUUGACUGACUAGUUGUGGAAAUUGACUGGCAGGAGAACCUGAAUGUCAGUCAAUUAGCAUCCAUAAAAUUAGAUUGCUGUUAAAUUCAUAAUUUUUUGUCUAAACACACUUGACAGAUAUAAUAUUAAUAUGCCAUAAAAUUAAACUACUGUUAAAUUUAUAAUUGUUAUGUGUAAACACACUCAAAAAAUAUAUUUAAAAGUUUUGAUAAUGGUAAAAAUUGUCACAUACUUUGGAAUCAGCUGUAAACAUUAUUGACAUGCUGGCAAUUUAGUGAAGUUAGAGCCCAGAUGUCCACUCAUGUUUGAUAGCAUUUCUUUACAGUUUAUCAUCGAUUUUUUUUUUAUGGUUUAAAAUACGAGAUUUAGCAGCACUGUGACAAUUCUUAGAAAUCCUAAUGAUAAGCGACUCACUGGAUAUGCGAGAUUCACAAUAAAUUCUAAAAUUUGUUUUCUACCUAGAAAGAAUUUAAUAUUCAAAUUAAGUUGCUGGAUAGGAUUUGUAUCAUGAUUUUGCAAUUGGGAAUUUGGAAUUGCAGUUUUAUCAGUGUCUUAGUGAAUGUCUGUGGUAGACUGAUGGUUUGUGCAACAGAGGUUAAUUUGGUGCUGAUAGGAGCUAACUGAUUAAAAUUAGAAAUCUCUGUUGACUAGAAUGUCAGAGCAAAAACAUUGUAUAUUCAUGACUACAGUGAUCAUCACUUUAAAGGAAGUAUGAAUUCCAUUGAGAUAUAUUUGAAUUUCAUUUCCAUGCAUAUAGUUCAAAUUCAAUCAAGAAUGCUUUGUGUUGAAGUGCUGGUUUUAAAAAUUGCAUGUUGUACUUAAAUUCUUCAACAUGAUCCGAGAGUAUGUAUGUGGUUUGUUUUAGCGAAUAUUACACAUUUUAUCUCCAUUGGUAAAUCCUAUGAUCGUUAAGACGUUUUGUUAUGUUUAUAUUGUAAAUUAUAUGUAAAUAUUCCCCAAUCCCCCCCUCCCUCCUCCACUACACCCAUAAAAAUAUGUUGUUAAAUAUUUUCCAAUAUUGUAAAUGGGUUUCUGAAUGAAAAAUGGCAAAAGAUUAAUAGAAAGGGUUUGGUUAUGAGAUGAAAAGAAAUAUAUUUUCAGAAUAGUGACCAGAUUUUUUUUUUUGUGAUAUAUUGUACAUUAGUGAGCUAUGACUUGACUGAUGAUAAUUUGAAUUUAAAAAAUAUAUGCUGAUAGUUUGCAAUUUUUUAAUGGUGAAACUUUUAUUUUAAUAUACAGGACAUGAUUGUAUGGAAUACAAUUGCUGUUUGUAAACUGAGCGGUGUUUCGAGGGCAUAAAGACUAGAGAGUCCUAGUUACAACAUAGCUUAGUAAUUAACAACAAAUGUAUUCCAUAAAAAUGUGUCUUGAAAUGUCAUUGAAACCAUUAAACUUUAUUUUAAGUACUGUUAGUAAAAGUUCAAAUUAUCGGAAUGUCAUUUUAAGGGCAAAUCGAGGGAGAAACAUGUAUAUUUAAAAGAAUGGAUCUUCUGAUUGAGGGUGAAUUGUGUAUAUUUAAAAGAAUUGAUCUUUUAAUUAAAGAUUUGAGGGAGAGAAAGAGAGAAUGCUUGAGAUAAAGUGCAGUUGUUUUGUUAUGUAUGACUUUUAUUUUAAACUUUAAAUAAAUUAAUAUUAAUUAUUCUUGGAGAAAAAAAAAUUGUUAAAAGUUGUUAUCUAUUUUGUAGUUCUAUAUUUCUUGUUGCUAAACAUCCUGUAGAAUUGUUUUAUUAAACCAGUAUAUAUAAUAUAUAUAUAUAUAUAGUAUAAUGUACAGAUUGUUAUGAUUAUUACAUAUAUAAAACAUCCUCCCCCCUCCCCAGUAUAUAUAAUAUAAAUAUAUAUUAUAAUGUACAGAUUGUUAUGAUUAUUACAUAUAUAACAUCCUCCCCCUGCCCCUUUCUUCCUUCAUUAAUACCAAAACAAAUAAAAAAUAACUAAACAAAAAAAUGGAGAAAAAAAUAUCAAAUAUUAGUUAGUCCUUUUUUUUGUGUAAUAUAAAUGUUCACACUACCAUCUUUCUUGUAUUAUACUCAUCCAUCCAUCAUCAUCAUCAGAAAUAUUUUCAGUAAAUUUAUCAUUUGUAUGUAUUAAUGUUUUUCACCAAAUAUGAAUAAUUGAUUAAUUAAUUUUAGAUGAAAAAUGUCACCGAUUUUAAUGUCCUGUGCCUGAAUUAGUGUACAAAUUAUUCACCUUUUUUAUACAGUGAUAUGUUUUAACAUUUGUAAGAAUGGGCAUUUAUACAUAUUAGAUGUGUAUUUUUGAACACAGGAUCAGCUUGAUCUUUACAAGUUUUUAUUUUGAAUUGACCUCAUUGGGUAGAUGGCAAAAGGAAUUAUAUACUGGCUUCUAUAAUUCAAAGUUUUAUUUGUUGGUAGGAUAGUGAUGAAGGAAACCAGGAGCCACAUAGACUCAGUAAGAUGCUGGCUCAGAUAGGGAUGAAGGGAACUGAGAAUGUCAAAAGUAAAUGCUGGGAAACUAAUCAGAGGGUCCUGGCUUCAGAUAAUUAUGAAGGAAAAUGGGAACUACAGAGACUCUGUGAGUAAGACACUGGCUCACUAAUCAGAGGGUCCUUGGUUCAAUCCUGGUUUUAGCUGAAAUAUUUUCUCUGGAUUUUCCAGCAUGGUUUCUCCUUGUGUGGCUUGGCAAUAAUCAUUGUCCGGUCGUUUGAUUGGGUUGAAAAAACUAUGUACACUUUUGCAUGCACGUAAAAGAAACCUUGUAAGCUAAAAUUAGAUGAAGAGUAGGUAGUAACGCCGCUGUUUUGGCAAAAUUCCCCUCAUAGCUUAUGCCCAUCAUCAUUAGCAAGUUUGGCACAGAGAAGUAUGACGUUAAACCCCAUUUCAUUUCACAUUGUGUAGAAGAAGAAUAAGUCCAUUUAUAUAGCGCUAAAUUUCACUUCCUGUUGUGCUCUUAGCGCUCUCACAAAGUUAUGUUUUAUAGAAUUCUCCAAAUAGAUAAUUUUUAAAUUGUGCCUCUAAAAACUUAAGAAACUUGGAGAGAAAGAUACAAUGGACCACUUGGCAGCCAUCUUUAGUCAGUAGUCAAUACCUCAAGCCAAAAAUUAAGAUGAUUUGAUUGGGUGGCCAUUUAAUUAUAAUUGAGUAAUGCUGAUUCCAUCUACCCAAUGCAUGACUUCAUUAUUUGCCACAAAAUAAUUUUUCCUUGUCUUGUGUUUGAAAAUACAGGCCUACAUAUUAUUCUAAACAAAAAAUUUCUAGUUUUAGUAAAUUGCAUCCAGAAUUUAUUUGAGUUACUGUUUUAGACCUCUUAGUAUAACUGUUGUCCGUAACAUACCACAACCCCAGACAGAUUGCUUUAGGAAGCUUAUCUGUAAAUGAGGGCUCUCAUUUAAGUCUUGGGCGCGUUUUCCAUGUAUGCCUUUCUGCUGCGUUUUUGUUUGCAUUUACACCAGUUACAUGGAAACGGUCCCAUUAUAUUCGCAGGUGAAAACACGUACAUGGAAAACCUGCCUUAAAUUUAUAGUUUUUAUGCGUUUAAAAUUGUCAAAUUCUCUGAAAAAUAUAUUUUGUUAAUUCAAGGUAAAUAAACCAUGUUAACGAGAAAUGACUGACUGAAAGCCCUUAUUAAAUUUUAAAUAUCUGACCCUAAGUUCACACAGCAUUCUCAGACUUAAGUUAAAAAUCUACUUGAAAUUGUAACUAAAAUAUAGCCCUUUAUAAAACUUUUGUUGUUUUAAUGUAUCAAUUAUAUAUCUAUGUGCAAAGUUUUGUGUUGGUGGAUCAAAGAUAUUUCUCAUAAAGACUGAUUGAAAGUUGAGUAAAUUCUUAAAGGUGCAUUAUUCAAGAGCUAUAUUUGCCUAUUAUUCAAGAGCUUUAAGCCUUAAAUGUGAUAUAAAUUAUUAAUUAGAUAUUUAUUAACAUGACAAAACCAUAAUAAACUCCUAUUUUGAGUAGAUUGGAACAGUUUGGCCAUUUAACGAUUUAAUUUAAAAAUGGAGAAGCGAUACUAAGCCUUGAUAAACAAUCAUUGCACAGAUCUUGUUAAAACUACUAACGGUGUCAACUUCACUCAGAAUAAAGUAAUUUGAAUGAAAUUUUCAAUACAUUCAUUUUGCAUUAUCUAUUCUCGAACUAUUCUAGCAAGAGGCCAGUUCUUUAUCUAAAUCUUAUAUAAUAUAUGUUUAACUUAAGUCUGAGAAUGCAUGUGAACUCGGGGCAAGUAGGACCUAUUAUCUGUUUCUGGGCUAAUGGUUAUGGAAAGCUAGUUUAGACUUCCAGUUUAGUUUAUAUAAAGUGAAGGGAAUUAAUUAGAUGAGUCCAAUGUUAAAUUUGUAAUACACAGCUGCCUUGUAUCAAUCCCAAAAUAGUCAAUAGUUUUAUUUGAAUAUUUUAGUUUAGUUAGUCAAAAUGAAAAUAUUCAAAAAUCAGUAUCCAGAUAAAUUGUCUUAAAGGCUUGAGGAGUCAUUUGCAUUUUUAUCAAAAUAUCAAAUUUCUCAUGGCUUAAAAACACGCUGAAUAUGUACUGGGAUUAAUUAUUUAACUUUUAAUUACGAAAAGAAAUACAAAUUACCAAUUCUUGCGGCGUGGAUUUUAUUGGAUUUAAACUAGGUCCAUCAGGUUAUUCCAGUACCAAUAAAAGAUUAUUGCAUCUUGUUAAUGCUCUAGCAGCAUAGAUCAAUGAAAUUUCAAUUUAUCAUAACUUUGUAAGUACUGAACAGAAUUGAUAAAAUGAUGACCUGGGACCGUAUUUACAAAAACUUAAAUUAAAAUAUUUUAAAAAUUCAACCCAUACAUUUGCCAAGAGCUAAAAAUUUGUACAGGGAUAUUAACUCUCAACCAAUGAAAUGCCAGCAUCCAUAAUAUAUUUUAGUUUAAGUUUUCAUGGAUUCGUUCCCAGAUGUAUGGACAGUUUUAUUUAAGCCAUAUGAGAACUCUCUUAAUUUUAGGUAAAAAAAUAAGAUCCGUGGAUUAUUUGUUGAUUGGUACAAAGCCAGUGUUUUUGUGUAAUUUAACCUGUUUUUACCCAAUGUUAUAUAUGUACAGUAAUACUAUGUGGAAGAAAGAUAUAUAUAUAUAUAUAUAAAUUUCUAUAGGUACACCCACUGGUUGUGUUGUACAUUACCACCUGUUAUAUGUCAGUCAAAUCCACAAUAAAUGCACAUAAAACAUU